CGAGUGUAUUUAAUACCGACCUCACCCUCGCUUCCCUCCGUCAUUUCUUUUCCUCUCUUCAGCCAACAAGCCAACCUCAGCUUCUCGAGCAUCUUUGACUCACUUGACUUCGGUCGUCCACUCUUUAACAAACGCUCUAGCUUCUUUGCUACCAGCAACUUACAUUCGUUCACUCCUUUCUCCUCCAGAACCUUUUCGUUCUCACCCCCGCAACCAACAGUCAAGAUGCGCUUCACCGCCACUGCCGUUGCCUUCGCCGGUGCCGCUGCCGCGGCCGGCUCGACCAUUCUGUCGACUGACUACGUCACCGUCACCUCGUGCGGCCCGACUGUCACCAACUGCCCGGCUGCCUCGACCACCGUCUCCUCCAAGGUCUACGAGGUCACCCCCUCCACCGUCUACACCACCAAGGUCAAGACCAUCACCUCGUGCGCUCCCGAGGUGACCAACUGCCCUGGCAAGACCGGCUACGUCGUGACCGAGACCAUCCCCGUCUCGACCACCCUGUGCCCCGUCACCAGCACCAAGCACUACGGCAACGGCACCUACGUCCCCGUCCCUCCCACCAAGGGCAACGACCAGCCCCCCACCACUGCUGUGUCUAAGCCUCCCGUCGUCAAGGGUGGUGAGAACCCCGGCACCACUAAGGUCCCGGUCCAGCCCGCUUGCCCGACCUACUCGGUCAAGACCAUCUCCACCUCGGUUACCACCGUUGUCCCGACUGUCAUCUACGAGACUGUCUCCAUCCCCUGCCCGGCUCCCACCGGCCCCGCCACCGGCACUGGUGUCCCCAAGCCCCCCGUUGGCGGCAACACUACCGCCCCUGUCACCAAGCCCACCACCCCGGUCACUGCUGGCGCUGCCUCGCUCGGCGCCUCUGGUGUUCUGGCCGCUGCCGCCGGCCUCGCUGCCGUCUUCCUGGCCUAAGCGCGACCACUCCCGUAUAUAAAUAACAUCCUCUCCUAGCGUUCGAGAAGCCUGGAAGGCUAUGGCAUUUAUCAUGUGACUUGGGAGCUUUCGGCGGCGGCUUUCGGCGGCGAAUAUCUGUGAAAUCAAGCUCUCAGGGAUGUCUAGCUAGAGCAUGGCACGGCAAAUAUACAACGUGUAACCUAAUCUUCUAAUACCGCGGGGUGCUCAGAGGUCUUGGUUGUGAAUCUGGAAAUCUAGAGCCCCAUUUUGCAACUCUUGUCUGAAUUGU